UCCGGUGCUGCAGCGGCGGAGAAGAACUGAGUUUGCUGCGUUUAAGUCCAGGCGUUCAUGCAAUUUCGCAGAACAUACUGAAUCUGAAAUAUGCUGAAAGUGUCAAGAAUUGAUAUCAACCUGCCCACAGAUCUGGUGCAGACAUGUGCCGGUGUCCGAGAAAAACAACUUUGCAAGUUUAUUGCUACAAAUAGUUCUGGGGAAUUUCAACACAGCAUUGAGGUUCGUGGAAAGCAGAACAAUAUGAUUUCACUGGAACUAACAAAUUUAAAGAUCAGCUUCAAAGAUGGAAAGUUUGUCGCUGAAAUAGAACAGGCUUUGAAAGUGUUUCAUGGAGAGGAGGAAGUAGAGGGCGCCACAGUGGUGCGCGAAGAGACGUCCAACUCACAGGGUGUCCAGUUACAAAAUGAAGCCACAUUGCCAGGGUGGUAUGACGGCACCUCGCAAGAAAAUAGUCCAAACCCAUCUUCAGAACCUGAGAGUACAUCAAACUCACUGAAUCCUUUCCCAAAGAGACUGUUUCAAAAUACAGCCAGGAAAAGAUCCGUCACUGCUACUGUGACAACUUCAUGUGCUUCAACGCAACAGGAAUCUCUCUCUAAGAAAUCCAGGACUGGGGCCCCUGGUAUUUGCAAUCCAGUGUAUGACUCCAGCACCGGCCCUGCUAAUACUGACAAGAACUUGGCAGAACAAACUCUGGAGGCUGUCAGUGAAGGAUUGGAGGACAUUUUGGAGGUGAAAGUGGAACCAGACCCUGACUUGGAUGUCAGAUUAAAAAGCAGCUCAGAGGGUAACACCCCUGUAUUGGUGAACAGUACUUUGCACCCCCCUCCCCCAUCUUCACAGAGUGCACCCUCGCUGUCACCAAAUCAGUGUCAGCUUAAGAGACGCCCAGUGCCCCAGAGACUGUCAGGACAUUCUGUGACACACACUGCAGGGAAUCUCUCCAUGGUGGGGACAGCACUGCAAGACACAGGACAUCAACUGGAUCCUGGAGAAUUCCAGGUACAAGCAGCGCCUUUCUUCUGCGACAUCUGCGGUGAGGAAUUUCCAUCCAGCAGCCAUCUCUUGCACCAUGUCGCGCACCACGAGAAUGUCUUCAACAAAGUCACGUGCCCAAUCUGCAAGGUUGUCAUCAGCCACAGUACCAACCUACAGCAGCACCUCCAGACCCACACGAUGAAGAAAGACUUUUGGUGUUCCGAAUGUGGAAGUAUGUUUGGACAGAAGCGAUAUUUGCGGGAGCACAAGAGGUGCAUGCACAAGCCGCAUCCCUACAAGUGCCAGUUCUGUGAAAAAACUUUCCGAUGGAGGAGUGCGAAGAAUACCCAUCUGAAGCUGUGUAGUAAGGCUUCCUGAAUUUUUAGCCAGCUGCGGAGCAAUAUACUGUUACAGUUAAAACCCGUGAUGAGACUUUUAUGAAUUUUGUUGGAAUUCCAACUUUUUCAGGGUCAUUUAAUUAGGACAUUCUAAUGAAUCGUGUACCCUGGACCCCCGGUCAAUUUUCCUACCUUUUUCAGUGAGGACUGGUCUCAUCCCUGUAAACCAUCAAAACUAUUCUUAUAAAAUUAUAUUUAACCUUAUCAAUGACCAUCAUUUUAAGGCAGAAUAAGUUUGUAUCGAAAAAAAAACAAAAAAAAAAAACAAGAAAUAUUUUAUAGUUGUCAGUGAACAGAGAGUUAAGUGAAGCAAAAAAUGUCUUGAAUUUUUUUCAUGGUCAGUUCAGAAAUCUGCCAGUUGAAUUUUGGGGAUAUUGGCUGAUAUGGCUGGUGGUACAUACUCUGGCAUUUCCUUAGCUUCUCAAACAUUUUCAUAUUAACAGGGUCUACAAACAUUGUCUUGUAUGAUGUGAAUUUAAAAUUAUUGAUAAUUAAUGUGACAGUAAAUUGCUUUGAUUUUCUCAAUGCCACUGCCAUCAUAAUAGAUGAAAAGUAAGAUCUUAUUAUUUGACGUCUUAUUCAAGUAUUUUAUUGUGAUGUAAGUUUGUUGUAAAUUUCAUUAUAUUUCUUGUAUAUGGAAAGGAGCGUGUCUGCCAGUCAUUUUAAGGAUAAGGAUGCACAUCAUUAAAAUAUAGUAUAUGUUUUAAUGCCAUAAGAAUACUCACAAAACUCAUUUUCUCAUUUCUGUAACCAUUUUAUUUGUGUACCUUAAGUAGAACACCUAGGUUAAUAACUAAGUAUAUAUACUAGCCUUUCCUUAACAACUUACUCUAUUAUUUUUAAAAUACACAUAUUUUAAGAAGGUUAAAUUUUGUAUAAGGUAUGUAACAAAUUUAUCUCAUACACAUUUAAAGAAGUAUUAAUUAAAAGAAUUGAAAAUUGUUUUAGGAAAUUGGUCUCCAUUUUCUACCAAAUCUUUCUUUUAAAUUUAAUCCUUUCAAGACCUAGCUUUAUAAAAAUAAAAAGCAAAAUUCUAAAAAAGAUUAAUAUCUGAUAAAUUUCUGAAGAUUACAUAUUGUCCCAUUCUUAAAUAAGACAAAAGAUUCUUAAAGGUCUGGGAUAAAGAAAUGCCCAGAACAAUCUGACUCCCUGGGUACUUAUCAGAUUGCUGAAGGACAUAUAAGCCUUCUGCUUGACAUUUAAAGUUUGUUCACUGCCAGGCUGGCUUCUCUACACCUUGGCUGCAGACGGGGGAUAAGUCACUAGUACUUACUCUAUCAGGUUCUCUUAUCUAGGAGACCCCCCCCUCCCCCCC